AUGGGAUUUAAAGACGCACACUUCACCGUCACUCGAUAUGGUUAUCAACUCCUGGCGUUCUUGGAAGGCUAUGUAGUCGACAACAUCUCUUGCACCAGUAUAUAUAAUAUUAUACUAUGUCUAAUCUGUGUCAGUCUACGUACACCACGUACUGUGGGCGACCUCUUAGGAUACUUUAUGAAUAUAGGAGAUGAGCAGAGCUACGCCGGAGUAACGAAACCGAUCAAAGAAGAUAUAAUCAAAUAUCCCGGCGAUAGUACUGGAGACUACCUAAUUAGUAGCAUCACAGCCCUAUCUGGUAAACAUCACGACGGCGGUAAUGUCAACUACAAAGACGGUGACAAGGCCAACCUGCGGAGCCUUAUUGACAGUGAAUGCGACAUCACCAAGCACAACGAUAGAACGUGCGGCAGUUAUUUAGCCUACUUCUCGUUCGGUAUCUACUGUAGUGUUUCUACAGACUUCGUAAGUACGUAUGUAUCACGCAUGGUGUAUUUGGCUGAACAUCUACGCGAUGGGCUCCAAAUAUUACUCGAUGAAUUUAAUGUUCUGAAUUGUGAAGAUUGCAUUGACUGCAGAAAUAAGGACACCCAAACGCCCUGUCAUGCAAAGACCAAGCCGUGUCAAUGUCCCACAAUAGUUCAAUGCGCCGUAGGCCUCCCCCUUUUAUACAAAUAUGAAUUCACAUAUAAUGAUCACUCUUCCUUACGUGGAAUCUGGGAAGGAAAGGAAAUCCUCGCUACGCACGUGUUCUCAAUUUUCCACUCAACUCAACAAAGUCAUCAGUGA